CGGCUGAUAAAGUGCUCAGUUGACCCGCAGACACAGCAGUGUUGAGACGGUCUCUGCUCCUGACAGCACCGCCGACUCUCUCCGCUCCUCUUCCCAUUAAAUAAAGCUCUGCUCCGGAUUAGAGAUGGCUCCAACAGCCGCGGUGGUUGUUCUGUUUUCGGUCGUGCUGUCCGCUGUGUCGGCCGGAGUGUUUUUCAACCAGAAGCAGCCUUGUUAUGUCCGCACACCGAGGAAAGACGACUUCGGACUGAAGACUGCACCUCGUCCUCAUGAGUAUUUGAACAUUACUGAUCUGCCCAAGGCGUGGGAUUGGAGGAACAUCAAUGGCGUCAACUAUGUCAGCACGACCCGUAACCAGCACAUUCCCCAGUACUGCGGCUCCUGCUGGGCACACGGAAGCACCAGUGCCAUGGCAGAUCGCAUCAACAUUAAGCGGAAAGCAGCAUGGCCUUCUGCCUAUCUCUCUGUCCAGCAUGUGAUCGACUGCGGUGAGGCCGGCAGUUGCCACGGAGGUGAUCACACCGGGGUUUGGGAGUACGCUAACACACAUGGGAUCCCAGAUGAGACCUGCAACAAUUAUCAGGCCAAAGAUCAGAAGUGCAAGCCCUUCAACGAAUGCGGCACCUGCACCACUUUUGGAGUGUGUAACAUUGUGAAGAACUACACUCUGUGGAAGGUGGGAGAUUAUGGAGCCGUCAGCGGGAGAGAGAAAAUGAUGGCAGAGAUUUUUGAACGAGGACCAAUCAGCUGUGGGAUCAUGGCCACAGACAAGCUGGAUGCGUACACUGGAGGUCUCUACUCUGAAUACUUCGACGAAGCUUACAUCAACCACAUCGUGUCAGUGGCAGGUUGGGGAGUAGAGGACGGUGUUGAAUACUGGAUUGUACGCAACUCCUGGGGGGAGCCAUGGGGUGAGAAGGGCUGGCUCAGGAUCGUGACCAGCGCCUACAAGGGAGGGAGCGGCAGCAAGUACAACCUGGCGCUGGAGGAGGACUGCAUGUACGGAGACCCGAUCGUCCCCAAAGGCUACUUCUAGAGGAGCUUGGUGUCAGGUCGUCACUGCACAGUCUUCCCAUCUGGCUAAGAGGAAAGCUUUUUAUAUGUAAAACGCUGAAAAGGGAAUAAGUUCAGGUUUUUAUUUUUUACAGGAUGAUUUUAAAACUUGUGGGGGUCUUCCAGCUGAAUACCAGUUUACAUUGAAGCAGAUUAUCAUUUGUUUUAUUUUUUUUUAGCAUGAAGAGGUCUGCAGGCUGUUGAACAGUCAGACACUUCAAAAUGUUUUUAUCAGUGCCACAUGACACAUCAGUACAGUUCUGUGCUAAGAGAGAAUUCAAGCACUGCAUGCCGAGUAGCCAUUAUAGACGCUGAAAAGAUCCACUUCACUUAACAUCAACAGGAUAUAGACUUUUUUUUGUAUUUUUAAUUUGUAAAUGACUCAGCCAAAGACUCAGUGAUUAGUUUGUCCUGUGCUGCUCUGACACUGAAUGUUUUCAGUGUGUGGUAUCAAACUACUGACGGUAUUGCACUACAAAGCAGUAGAGGAUUUCUACACAAAAACUGAAAUCUACUUUAAGUGUGCCUUAUAUGCAUUUGACAUCAAGUACAGAUUAUUAUUUUGCAGUUUGUUUUCACACUGACAAAUUUACACCAGAAACGUUGCAAUGAACGAAAUAUUUGCUUUGUUUCAAACUAUGCCAAUAAACACAUUUUAAAGUGAUGCGUCACAAAACA